CAUCGACGAGACAGUGCAUCCGACAGGGCAAACUGUAAGAGAAAUUAAUAUGGGUGUCAUACACUUUCUCAAGGAAUAUUUUCUUGGCUUUUUUCUUGGCUAUGAGACUCCUAAGGUAAUGGUGGUGAGAAACAGAAAACUUGGAGUUAUAUACCGAGGAGUCCAGUUUCUAGUUAUCACAUACUUCAUUUGGUAUGUGUUCAUAAGUCAGAAGGCGUACCAGGACACGGAGACCAGGCCUGAGAGCUCCGUCUAUACCAUGAUGAGAGGCGUGGCCCUGCAGGGGGACAAUGUGCUGGACAUGGUGGAAUAUGUCCAUCCUUCUGAGGGCGGAGAUGUUAUCAGCACCAUCUUGAGGCGUGAAGUCACACAUGACCAGAAACAGGGCACGUGUGCAGAGGACUACCGUGUGUUCAAAGCAAACUGCACAAAAGAUUCUGACUGUGUUGCUGGGGAAAUAAACCUUGAUGGCAAUGGACAGCAAACUGGACGCUGUGUGCAGUACUAUAAUCACACCUUCAAGACAUGUGAGAUCCAGUCUUGGUGUCCUAUUGAGGCCUUUGCAGCUGUUAGAGAACCGCCAUUGGCAGAAGCUAUCAACUUUUCUCUAUACAUCAAAAAUGCCAUACACUUUCCGAAAUUCAAAGUAUUAAGGGGAAACACUAGACCUGGGAGAAAGGUCAAAUAUAUGCCCCGGUGCCACUACAACGAAGAGACUCACCGCUACUGCCCAGUCUUCCGGCUGGGCUACAUCGCAGAGCAAGCCAGGGAGAAAUUCAGUGAAUUAUGCAGAACUGGAGGCGUGAUUGGAGUCUUCAUUAACUGGAAGUGUAAUUUUGAUGUGGACCCUUUAGCGUGUGUGCCCACUUACUCUUUCAGGAGACUGGACACACGCAAGAACCUGCCUUACUCAGGGUACAAUUACAGAUUUGCCAAGUAUUACAGCAAGAAUGGUGAAGAGUACAGAACACUUAUCAAGGCCUUCGGGAUUCGACUGGAUAUCAUCGUCCACGGACAUGCUGGAAAAUUCAACAUUGUCCCAACUAUCAUCAACGCAGUAACAGCUAUGACAUCAGUUGGAAUUUGUUCCAUCAUCUGUGACUGGAUCAUGCUGACCUUCAUUGACAAAAAUGAGAUUUACAGCGAGAGGAAAUUUGACAACUCCUCUGAUGAGCCCAUUGAGCACGUCGUCGUUACAGACCUCACCCUCACAAGCUAUGGCUCCACGCACUCAGACCUCUCGGAUGGGGUGCCGCUAUGAUGGACAGCUCACUCUCUCACCCCUCGGCCACAAGCACACUACAGGAUGCCACUCAGCCGUGGAGCAGGACAGUGACUGUGCUCGGGUUCGUGGCACUCUUGCUUCAGAAGUGAAGAAAUGUCAAGCCACAAAUAGCCGCAUAGGCCUGAGACAAGGAAUACAACCAUCACUCCAAUGGACAAAUCUAUAAUCUCAACAUUAACUAAGCCGUCAAGAGACACAUUCCAUAACUGCAGUGCAUAUACCAAGCCUUAAGUAUAAUAAAUAGCUUACUUUAGUCAAGUCUGUAUUCAAUGUCAUUGAUAUUUGGCAGGGGGGAAAAACAGAAUUAUCCACAACCAGAAUUGUUCAGUAUUACUGCUUACCUGGCUCUGCUUGUCCAUGAUACAAUGAGAGCCAGAAUGAAAACAUAGCUCAGCAUGUAACAUAGUAAUAUACAUUAUAUUACAGUACAGAGUGUGAAUUACAGUAUAUUCUGUUUUGUAUCCAAAUUGUAGUUUCUUUUCAUUGAUUUGUAUGUUUUCUGGUUUAUUUCUGUAGCCCACUCACAUGCAUGUGCAAACCAAAAGUUAAAGUGUGAUUCUGACAAUACAUCUCCUCAUUUCCAAUAACCAUUUUCAUCUCCGAAACCGAUUGAUGUCGUUUUGCUGGAGGACAGGAGUGAAAGUUCCCUGGGGAGAAGGGGUCCAUGUAACAAAUACAAUGUGGUCAUUAUUCUCCCCACAAAAUAGCUUCCAUAACAAGAUUGUGGCGACGAGUGCUGGCAGGCUCACACUCAGCCUUCUUCCCUGACACAAUGGAUGGAGCACUUCAGGCAGAAACCUGACACCAAAUGUUUUUUUUUUUUGUUUUUUUUUAAUUUAAUGGAUCUUUCCUUUUGGUGAUUGGGAGAAAAAAACCCUCACUUGUUAGUUACAGCUGAAUAAUUGUCUGGAACGGGAAAGAACACGGUCCUGGAAACGGAUCUGACCAGCACGGGCGCUCAAUGACAAACAGACCUUACCAGGAACAACUGAACAAUGAUGUGAUCGGAAAAUAUAAGAAUUCCUUUUCAGCCCCGACUUUCCAAAGCACUUGAUCGAAUUAACCCGUGAACUUCAAGGAGUGAAAUUGUAUUAUGAGGCCACAGGAAGACCGAUCAGCCAACACGGAGUCUUGUGAGACGAUGGAUGGAGCUGUGGGUGGGGCAAUGAGGUUAGCGUAAUGAGGAGAUGGGCUCAGGAUGGGGUUGCCUUUCACCAAUCACGUUCAGAGAGGAUGUAUGUUGAAAUGCUAUAGGUAAUCCCAUUAUCAGUGAUCUGCACUUUCAGGAUCCAGUGAUAUACAGUGCCUAUAAAAAGCACUUCACCCUCUUGGACAUUUGCCCUUUUAUUGCUUUAAAAAAAAAAAUGGAAUCAUGGUCAAUAUCAUUUGGCUUUUUUGACAAGAAUUUACUAAGUAAGGGAUAAUGUAUUGUCCACUGGUAAUGAUCGGAAAAAAAAAAGUCCCGACUGGAAGAACAGAACCCCGACACGACACGCUUAUUGUUUGUGGCCACUCUGUCAAGUCUUGGGCACUCAACAACGUUCCUCUUGUUGUCUUUAAACAAUUUCUGAGUAGCUUUCG